AUGAAGUGUGUUUAUUGGAACAUAAGGGGUGUGGCUAAUGCUUCUUCUAGAUUAGCCUUGAAAAGAAUAAUCAAUAAAUACAAGCCUGAUUUUUUAAUAAUAGCAGAACCAAAAAUUGUCUUUGAUAAUUUCUUUCAGCUUUGGUUUGCAAGGUUGGGUUUCAAGCUUUUUGCCUCGAAUUCGUCUGUUAUUCCGUCUAUUUGGUGCCUUUGCAAUGUUUCUUUUACUCCUAGCCUUAUUUCUGUGUCAGAUCAAUUUGUUGGUUUCUCGGUUUGCUUGGACAAUCAGCAGAUGGCCAUUGCUGCCGUUUAUGCCUCUACAAACUUGGUUAAAAGAAGGGAGUUAUGGCAGGAUUUUAAUGUUCUUCAGGGAUGUUAUCCUCUCCCCUGGGCCUUCUUUGGGGAUUUCAAUGCGAUUAUGGGAGCUUUCGAGCAUCGGGGCCGGAACAGUCCGGCUUUUAGGCCGAUGGCUGAUUUCAUUAGUUGGACAGAUUGCAAUAAUCUUUUUCAUUUCCCUACUACUGGUGCCAAGUUUACUUGGUCUAAUAAGAGGGACCCUCCUUUCCUUAUAGAGAGACGUCUUGACCGGUGCAUAGGUAACUCUAUUUGGCUUGAUAUUUGUGGCAGUAUCGCUGUUUCCACGCUGCCUAAGGUAUGCUCUGAUCAUCAUCCCCUCCUGUUGGAAUUUCACAUUCAUUCUUUCAAAGUCGCUUCCCAGUUCAAGUUCCUUAGCACGUGGUCGCUGCAUGAUAAUUGUAAGGAGUUGAUUGGCUCGGUUUGGUCUCAAAAUAUUGUUGGUUGUCCCAUGUAUGUUUUAAAUAAGAAGCUGCAGCUUCUUAAGAAAGAGCUUAAAGUGUGGAAUAAAUCUGUUUUCGGUAACGUAACGGAGAAUGUUAAAUAUGCUGAAGAUAGAUUGAGUAAGAUUCAAGAUGAUAUUCAAACAGAAGGUAUGUGUGCCUCCCUGAAGCAGCAGGAAUUAGAUGCCCAAAAUUCUCUCAGUAAGGCUCUCGACAUGGAGGAGCAAUUUUGGAGGGACAAGUCCAGAGUUAAUUGGCACCUUGAGGGAGAUCGCAAUACAGCUUUUUUUCACCGUGUCACUAAGAUCAAGCAAAAGUUUAGACCGAUUUCUAUGCUUAGAAAUGGUGACUCCAUUAUUACCGAUUCGAAGGCUAUUGCUGAUUUCACGGUUAGCUAUUUCGAAUCGCUUUUUUCUGCUAACCUUUCUAUUUUGCAGGAUUCAAAAAUGGUUGAAGAUACUAUUCCCUCUUUAGUGGACGAUAAAACGAAGCAAAUGUUGACUGCUAUUCCUUCGGUAGAUGAGAUUUCUGCUGUUGUUUUCAAUCUCAAUAGAAAUAGUGCCCGGGCCCCGAUGGUUUUGGAGCGGUGUUCUUUCAGGCUUAUUGGGAUAUUAUCAAGCAAGACGUGUCGAAUGCGGUAA